UGUUUUUAUGUCCGUAAACCCUUCUUUUUUGUUCAACCCCCACACACUCCAUGCAAUAGCCUCCGCCGCCGCCGCCGCCGCCGCAUUGUGAUGGCUGCCUCCAGCUCCAGUGAUCGAAGGAUGAGAGGAUUCAAGCGGUGGAUGAAGCAGCAAGACAUCGAAUGCAGCGACGCCCUCCUGCUCUCAGCCACUGAUGGUUCCCUCUCGAUUUCGGUGAAGGCGUUGGCCGAUUUGAAGGAGGGUGACGUCGUCGCGAUUAUUCCCAAGCAGAGUUGCCUCACCACCAAAACGUCGGCCGCCACUGAGCUCAUCGAGGAGGCCGGACUCGGCGGGAACAUUGGGCUGGUCGUCGCUAUCAUGUAUGAAAAGAGCCUCGGUCCUUUAUCGAAUUGGUUUCGUUACUUCCAAAUACUCCCAUCCUUUGAGCCAAUUCCAUUGCUUUGGUCCUUGCCGGAAAUCGACUCUCUCCUCUGUGGGACUGAACUACACAAGACAGUUAAAGAAGAUAAAGCCCUGGUCCAUCAAGAUUGGAAAGAAUGUAUCAAACCACUUUUGGCUUCUUUUGAUCUAAAUCCGGACUUUUUCACCAUUGAUGAAUAUUUUGCUGCCAAGAGUUUAGUAGCUUCGCGGGCAUUUGAGAUUGAUGAAUACCAUGGUUUUGGGAUGGUUCCUUUAGCUGACCUCUUUAAUAACAAGACAGCUGCUGAGAAUGUACAUUUCACAUUCGUAUCUUCUACUUCAGAUUCUGAUUCUGACACAGAAAAUGGAAAGACAGAUGACAGUGAUAAAAAAGAACAUAAUGAGCCCAUAGCUCUUGAUUUCCCUUUGGAAACAGAAGCUUCUUCACACAGCUCUUCACCUCUACAGCAGGGACCUACGUAUAUGGAGAUGAUCGUUGUGAAAGAUUGCAAAGCUGGAGAUGAGGUGUUCAAUACAUACGGAUCCUUGGGAAACGCGGCACUUCUACACAGAUAUGGAUUCACUGAGCUCGGAAAUCCAUUUGAUAUUCUUAAUAUAGAUCUAGAAACCGUUCUUGAAUGGAGUUCAUCUUUCCUCUCUAGCCGUAGCAGCCGAAGAAGAGUUUCUUUGUGGAGAAAGUUAGGCUAUUGUGGAUGUGUGAGUCAGAAUUCUGAGUAUUUCGAAGUUUCAUUCGAAGGGGAGCCUCAAGUGGAGCUGCUAAUUUUACUACACAUAAUGUUGCUGCCCGAGAAGGAGUUUUAUGAGUUGUCAGUGGCUGAAGCAGUGGUCGCUGGAAUUCCGGGGGGUUUCCUCCCGACAAUAGGAUCAGAUGAAAGCAAAAGGAAGCUGCUAUUGACGCAGAAAGUUCGAAAAGCGCUGGUUUCACUUGCAAAUGCCCGGGAAAGUUUGUAUGAUGUGAAGUUGUUGGAGGAGGAGGAAAGAUUGUUGGGUGAGUGCUGUGUUGCUACCCACCCUAAAACAUACUAUUCUCUGGUUCUGCGGAUCGGUGAGAGGAGGAUCAUUGAGAAGCUUAGAUCUUUUGCUGGAGAGGAUUGAUUGAAGACAGACAGAAACAGGUCAGAAAUUAUUGGUUUUUUCAUUUUACUUCAACUAUUCUUUUAUAUAUAUAUAUAUAUAUUGCUUUUGCAAACAUUUUGAUCUGCCUGCUGCUUAUACUUUGAUUAUUUAUCCAAUAUUGAUGUCAUUUUAUUAAUAUAUAUGUUGUUUUGGUAGAAAUGCCCCUCUUUAUUAUUGC